AUGUGUUGUUAUUUGGACAGUAAAUUUCAUUUUUCAUUUAUCACUCUUUGUUGCCUUUUUUCAUACGCUGUUUCACAAACACAAUGCGAACCAGGUUAUUUCCCUUCCAACUUUUUAUGUAUAAAAUGUCCAGCUGGAACUUAUAAAAACGAAAUUGGCAACAGCACUUGCACACAAUGUGAAGCGGGGACUUAUUCAAAUGAAGGUGCACAAACAUGUACAUCAUGUUCUGGUGGAACUUACUCUCCUCAAAAUUCGGCAUUUUGUUUGACGUGUCCAGCUGGGACAUUUUCAAAAGAAAAAUAUGAGAAAUGUACCGAAUGCAAUGCGGGCUAUUAUUCAACGGCAGGUUUAUCUGAAUGUCUUGGUUGUUUAGCGGGUUUUUAUUCAUUAAAAAAUGCGUCGAGUUGUACACCUUGUAGUGCCGGUUAUUACUCAGAUCUCUAUUCUUCAAGUUGUUCCGAGUGUGCAGGUGGAAAAUAUUCAACUGAAGGUUCCUCGACUUGUCUUUCGUGUUCACCGGGUACAUAUUCCUCCAAAGGGGCUGCUUUUUGCUUGAAUUGUUCGGCUGGGUAUUAUUCAACUCAAGGAGCUACCAGUUGUCCAACAUGUGAAGGUGGUUAUUACUCCAAAGAGGGGAGUUCUUCAUGUACCAAAUGUCCUGGUGGGUAUUAUUCCUUAAAAACUUCAUCUAAUUGCACCAUAUGUCCAGCUGGAACAUAUUCUAACACCGGAAGUACAUCAUGUAGUGAUUGUGAAGGAGGAACAUAUUCAAAUGAAGGAUCAAGCACUUGUACUAAUUGUGCACGUGGGUAUUAUUCAUUACAAAAAGCGUCUGUUUGUACAAUUUGCCGAGCUGGUACUUAUUCAAAUGAAAGAUCAACAAUGUGUUCUUUAUGCUCAGCAGGGUACACAUCCCUUCAAGGGUCAUAUCAAUGUGAAGCAUGUCCCGCUGGAUCUUAUUCCAAAUCUGGAGAUCCAACGUGUUCAUUGUGUCCGGGUGGUACAUUUUCAAACUCUGCAACAUCUUCAAGUUGUUCAAGUUGUUCCGCCGGGAUGUAUUCAAAUGAAGGUUCAACCAAAUGCAGUACAUGUGGUGUAGGAACUUAUUCACUUCAAAAAGCGUCGUAUUGUAUUGAAUGUCCUGGUGGCACUUAUAAUGGCAAUACCGGAAAUUCAUUGUGUUCUGUUUGUUCAGCUGGGACGUAUUCACUUCCAAAGAGUUCUUCUUGUACAUCAUGUUCUGAGGGGUAUUAUUCGCUGCAGAAUUCUUCGAGUUGCACUAAAUGUGUGAAUGAAGACUGUCUAGUUUGUAACAUUUAUAAUGGAGAGUGUAGUCGAUGUUCAGCAGGUCGUUAUUUGUUAUCUAAACAGUGUAUGAAAUGUGAGGCGGGUUAUUAUUCCAAUGAAAAUAGUAAUUGGUGUUCUAAGUGUCCAUUAGGAACAUAUUCAAAUGAAGGUUCUUCAACUUGUAUUUCAUGUAUCAGUUCAUGCAAAACAUGUAAUGAAAAAGGUGGAAAUUGUACUUCUUGUAAAACAGGAAGUGUAUUAUUCGAAGGAAAAUGUGUACUUUGUUCUCCUGGGUAUUAUUCAAAUGAAGAGAACUUAACAGAGUGCAAAGAAUGUCCUUCAUUAUAUUACACAUCUAUUAAUGGAAGUAUUUCUUGUACUUCUUGUGAUAGUUCAUGUAAAAGUUGUGACAAAACAAAUGGAAAUUGUACAUCAUGUGAUAAUGGUAGUGUUAUAGAUAAUGGGAAGUGUUCUGUAUGUCCUUCUGGUACUUAUUCACUUAAUAAUAAAUGCGAAAAAUGCCCAACAGGGACUUUUUCAGUAAAGAAAUCGAAUGAAUGUUUGGAAUGCAAUGAUUUUACUUACGCCAAUCAAACUGGAUCAUCUAUUUGUCUAAAUUGUGACUCAAAUUGUAAAGAAAAAUGUGAUAGAAACACUGGGAAAUGUCGUUGUAUAGAUGGUUAUAUAUUAACAGGAACAAUUUGCCACCCAUGUGGAGCUGGGUACCAAGCAAAUCAAACAUCAGAGAAGUGUGAAGUAUGUCCAGCGGGGAAGUACUCUUCAUUCGCCUCUUCAACAUGUAAAUCGUGUUUACCAAACUCUUUUUCGUAUGAAAAGUCGUCAACAUGUACAUCAUGUGAUUCAAAAUGCAAUGGCUGUAAUUCUACGAAUGGUAAUUGCACUUCAUGUUAUCCAGGGUAUGGACUUCUCAAUGGAAAGUGCGAAAUGUGUAAAGUUGGGACACAAGAAAUCAAUUUUAAAUGUGAACCAUGUGAAGAAAUGGGGUAUCAAAAUGAGAGUGGAAAAACGUUUUGUAUUGCCUGUAAUAUCAACUGCAACAGUUGUAAUGCGACAAAUGGAAUGUGUUUGACGUGUAAAGUUGGAUAUGGUCUUAACAAUGGAAUAUGUUCUAAAUGCGAAAACAAGACAUAUUCAGUGGGAGGUGUUUCACCAUGUCUUAAUUGUCCAAUAGAAUGUACAUAUUGUUUAUACACCAGUGGAGAGUGUUCAUCGUGUGAGGCUGGCAAAACAAAUGUGAAUGGGGAAUGUGUGCCAUGUUCUUCAAAUGGUAAUUGUUUGUUGUGUUCUUCUGGGUUGAACCGAAGUGAAAGAAUAUGUAAUCAAUGUGAACUCAAUUACUUCUUGAAUGGAAAUGAGUGUCUUGAAUGUAGUCAAAUUCAUAAUAAUUGUGAAAAGUGUUCACAAACACAAAAAGAGUGUUUCAGUUGUACAGGAAAUUAUAUUCCAUCGAGUGAAGGGUGUACCGAGUGUCAAAAUGGGACGAUAAAAGAUGAGAAAAACACAUGUAUAAAUUGCUAUGAAAUAAUUCAACAAUGUCAACAGUGUGAAAUUGUGGGUAAUCUUCGGAAGUGUUUAAAAUGCUUUGCGCCAUAUUAUUUGUCAAGUGAUGGUCUUUUAUGUAUAUUAGCGUAUAGUGCCACAACUCAUUACAACAACACUCUUCAAACCAAAGAAAUGAACAUGAAAGGAUGUCUAUUUCAAGUAAAUGAUGAGUGUAUUGUAUGUGACAAUUCGUAUAUAUUAGUUAAUCAUAAAUGCUUGGAUAAAGAAGAUGAAACAAAGUGUUCAAAAUAUUCACAAAAGACGUGUGAUCAAUGUGAAUCAAAUGUCAUAUCUUCAAACGGAUUUUGUAAUAUAGAAGAAAUGUGUCAAUAUCAAAUGAAUUAUUUAAAUGGAAGUAAUACAUGUUUUACUUAUAAAAAUGAAUCAAUAAAUGGUCAAAUAAACAACUGCAAAAUAACACACAACGACUUUUGUUAUAGUGCAAAAGACACGUAUUUUGUUGAUCAAAAAGGAUUAAUUGAAAGUUGUGAUAUAUCUUCAGCGCUGUGUCAAUUAACAAUAGAAACAGUACAUGCUAUUACAUGUAAAGAUAAUUUUAUUUUGACAGACAACAAUGUGUGUAUUCAAGAUACUAAUUGUAUUGCAAUUGAAAGUUAUAACUGUAUUCAUUGCUCUUCAAACAAACACUUGGAAUAUGGAAAAUGCGAAGAAAACAUCGAAUAUUGUCAAAUUCAAAAUAAAGAGUUUUGUAUGAAGUGCAUUUCAGAGAUAACUGAUGGAGAGAGAUGUAUUUCGAUGGACGAUUUGAAUUGUCUGGUUUUUGAUAUUUAUUGUAGAAAAUGCGAAGAAAAGUUGUAUAAAGAUGUUGAUGGGUGUCAAGACGCUCAAGAGAAUUAUCCCAACUGUAUUUAUGUAGAUGUGGUAAAUGAAAGUUGUUUUGAAUGUGAAGACAAUUAUUAUUUAGAAAAUAAAAAGUGCAAUUUUCAAAUUAAUUUUUCUAAUCAAACAGUUAUUAGUGAUUUAAUAAACACCAAUCAAUCAAAUGUAAUGAACAACAAACUUUUGGAAGUAUCAAAAUGUGAAGAAACAAGUUCAAAAGGAUGUCAAAGGUGUAUCAACGGGUAUUAUUAUUCAAAAGGCGAGUGUUUAAAGUGUGAAUACCCAUGCAUUCACUGUUAUAAUAAGACAUAUUGUACACAAUGUGAUAAAUACUCAUACAUUUCAGGUAAGGGGAAAUGCACUGCAUUUAAUGAUAUAGCUCAAUUGUGUGAUUUAAUGAACUCCGAUUAUAGCGGAUGUGUUAAUUGCAAAGAAGGAUACAUGCGAUCUCCAGAUGGGAAGACGUGUGAAGUAUGUGACACUUCCUGUUUGACUUGUUCUAACAAUGGAAAUUGCAUAAAGUGUAAUACAAGUUAUUACAGAACACCACAAAAUAUCACUAAAUAUUGUAAUCUACAAAGUGAGUUACUUUAUUGUGUAAAUACAACAGUAGAUGGGUGUGUGGCAUGUGACAAUGGUUAUUAUAUUAAAGACAACACCUGUGAAAAAUGUGACAACAAAUGCAUUGAAUGUACUUCACUUGAUAUUUGUUCUCAGUGUACCACCAAUUAUGUCUUGUUGAAUAACUUUUGUUUUGAUUAUUCUGUCAUUCCGAACUGCAUAUCAUCAUCAAAUAAUACAUGUUCGAAAUGUGCAGAUGGAUAUUCGUUAAGUGCAGAUAAUAUGUCGUGCGACAAAGUGUUUAAAUAUGGGACGUAUAUUAUUCUACCAUUUUCCAUUGUCAUAUUAAUAAUACUUCUCGUUGUGACUCUCAUAACAAUCACCACAAUAUUAAUACAUAAACGAAAUAGAAAAAUUAAGAUGGACAAAAUCUGCAUUUUUGAAAUGAAACGAUCGAAUAUUGAGAUGAAAGUGUUGUCUGGUGAUGUCAUGGUGAAUCUGAAAUCUCUCAGUUUUAACGACGAGGAAGAACUCCUUGCAGUUGAUAAAGAAAGUCGGUCACUGUUAUGUGUUGGUAACAAUUCCAAAAGUAACAUGAAAGUUCAAAUCACAACAAAAUCAAAUUGCGAGAAGUACAACAUCAGAACAGAGCCAAAUUUAGUCACAUUAAAGUCUGGAUAUGCGUGCGAAUUUGAGGUGUUUAUAACUCCCCAUUGCACAAUGAGUUUGUGUGAUCAAAUUGUGAUCAUUUCGCUGCAAUUAAAGAGUGGAAAGACCUCAACGGAUAAUUUUAUGAUAACUUGUAUAACAGAAAAUAGCAGUAAAUUGGAUUAUGACGAAAUUAAUGAAGAGAAACAAAUUGGGAGAGGGACGUUUGGUGUUGUUUACAAAGGGACAUACAAAGGACACGAUGUAGCUAUCAAAAAAUUGAAACAGAUAAAUAACAGGAGUCAAAUACAACAAGAAGAAUUUACAAAGGAAGUUGAGAUGUUAGACAAAUUUAGAUGCGAGUAUAUCAUUCACUUUUAUGGCGCUGUUUUCAUACCAAAUCACUUAUUAAUGGUCACAGAAUUUGCGCGAUUUGGGUCGAUUAAUGAUGUAAUGAAACAUAAAAAGAGUGAAGAAGUUGACAUGAAAAUGCGAGUUAAAAUGAUGAUUGACGCUGCAAAGGGAAUUUCUUAUUUGCAUGAAAAUGGGAUCUUACACAGAGACAUCAAGCCAGACAAUUUUCUUGUGUUUUCAUUGGAUUUGAAUGAUUAUGUGAACGCAAAAUUGGCUGACUUUGGGUCAAGUAGAAAUAUUAAUAUUUUAAUGACUAAUAUGACGUUCACUAAUGGUGUUGGAACACCAAUUUAUAUGGCGCCUGAAGUAUUAAAUAAAGAGCACUACAAGAAACCAGCAGAUGUAUAUUCAUUUGCAGUCACGAUGUACGAAGUGUUUGGAUGGCAAGAUCCAUAUUCAUUGAAACGGUUUAAAUAUCCAUGGACAAUUGCAGAUUUUGUGACAAGUGGAAAUCGGCUUGAAAAUAUUAAAGAUAUACCAAACGAUUUAUAUUUGAUAAUCAAUGAAUGUUGGGAACAAGAAAAGAACAAACGGAUGACUAUAAAUGAAGCAUUAAAGAAAUUACAACUCUUUUAUGAUACAGAAUAA